AAGAAGAAGACGUUUGUAGGUUAUGUUAAAGUUUGUUAUUGCAAGUACGUAAACAUUUGAAAUUUAAUCGAAUACAAAAUUAAUUAAUAAGAAUUUAAAAUGGGAGACAUAAAAAUUGAAGAAAUGGAUUUGUAUGAAAUGCUAAAUAUUGAUAUCGGCAGUUCAAUAUCAGAGAUAAAAAAAGUAUAUAGAAAACAAGCCUUACAAUGCCAUCCAGAUAAAAAUCCAGAUGAUCCAAAUGCUGCAAAAAAGUUUCAUGAAUUAUCAAAAGCAUUAGAAAUCUUAACUGAUGAGUCAGCAAGAGCUGCCUAUGAUAGAGUACUUAAAGCUAAAAAGGAGGCUGCUUUGAGACAUAAAGAGUUGGACAGCAAGAGGAGAAAAUUGAAAGAAGACUUAGAAUAUAGAGAAAAACAGGGAUCCAGGCAAAAAAGUGCUGAUGAGCUAUUAAAGGCUGAAAUAGAAAGACUAAGAAAAGAAGGAUCAAAGCAAGUGCAGGAGGAAAUAGAAAUAGUAAAACAGCAGCUACAGAAAGAAAAAUCCAAUCCACAAUACUGGGAUGGGUCUAAGCACAGGAUAAAAAUAAAAUGGUCAGCUGAUAAACAUGAUAGUAACAAUGGAGGAUACAACCAAGAAAUGUUAACAAGAUUUCUAUCAAAAUAUGGAGACAUCCAGGCAUUAGUAAUGUCACCAAAGAAAAAAGGGAGUGCACUAGUUGAAUUUAAGGAUAAAGCUGCAGCUGAAAUGGCUGUGGAUCUGGAAGUGGGACUGCCUCACAAUCCUUUAAAAUUGGAAUGGUUGGGUGGACCACCUCAAAAGAAUCUAAGUGGGAGUUCUUUGGUAAAAGAAUCAGAUUUUGAAAGUAUUACUUUAACCAAAUUGCGACAAGCCGAAGAAAGAAAACGUCUUAUUGAACAAAUGAUGGCAGAAGAUGAAGAAACUUAAUUAUAAAUUAAAUUAAAUAUUAAAUAAUCAAUUUUGUACAAA